GUAGUAACAGUAAUGGCGGAAGCCGCAGUCGUUUAACUUGCUCACGUUAGAUUUUCCAAGACUUCGUGGAGGAUAUAGGGCACAUUUUUUUCAUCAAGGCCAACAAAGUUAUCCAAGCAGGUAGCAGAGCCCUAAGUGACAUGGUGGGCUAUGACCCUGCGGCGCAGGGGUCACUGCUCGGUGCCUGGGAGGCCGCUCUGGCGGGGUCGGCCGCUGGCAUGGUCACCCGAGCCCUCAUCAGCCCUUUGGAUGUCAUUAAAAUUCGAUUUCAGCUUCAGAUUGAGAGUCUUUCCUCUCGAAGAGCAGGAGGGAAGUACUGGGGAUUGUUUCAGGCGGCACGUUGCAUUCGCAGAGAAGAGGGCCUUCCUGCUUUUUGGAAGGGGCACGUCCCCGCACAGCUGCUCUCCAUCUGCUAUGGAGCAGUGCAGUUUGCCACUUUUGAGUUUCUGACCAAGGCGGUCCACGACAUGACGCCAUUCAACAGCCAGAUGUCCGGGGUGCAUUUCUUUUGCGGAGGCUUGGCCGCUUGCUCGGCCACGGUGGCGUGUCAGCCUCUGGACACGCUCAGGACACGCUUUGCCGCGCAGGGCGAGCCCAAGUUGUACAGGAACCUGGCGGACGGCGUGCGCACAAUGUGGCGCUCUGGGGGCGCGCUGACGUUCUACCGUGGCCUCUCACCAAUGCUCAUUGGCGUGUUUCCCUAUGCCGGCCUGCAGUUCUUCUUCUACAACGUCUUCAAAAGGCUGCUGGCCCCGCCACCUUCUGCUGGCAAAUCCGGAGAAAAUCUCAGGACUCUGCUGUGUGGCAGUGGAGCUGGAAUGAUUAGCAAAACGGUCACCUAUCCGUUAGACCUGUUGAAGAAGAGACUACAAGUUGCAGGCUUUGAGGAGGCUAGAGUUCACUUUGGACAGGUGCGCCGCUACCGAGGUUUAGCAGACUGCGUGGCGCAGAUUGCCAAAGAGGAGGGCGUGCCAGGCUUCUUCAAAGGCCUCUCUCCCAGCUUGCUCAAGGCGGCCCUGUCUACCGGCUUCACCUUCUUCUGCUACGAAUUGUUCCUCAAGGUGCUCCGAGACCUCAAAGUGCCGGCAAAUAACGGCCACCUCGACAGUCGUGCAGCGGCAAGAUAGCCAUAGCGGGAAGGGAAUCACGGCCACUUGCCGUUGACUUGGCACAAUGUACAGUACGCUACUUUUGUACACUGAAAACAUUUAUUUAUGAAAUUAUUCUAUUAUCAUGUCUCCAAAAGAACACUCUUGAGUUUUAUUUUUUUCUAAAUAUGAAACCCAGCUUUGCACAUUUUUUACCAUUUUGUUACACCUUCGUUCAUGUGUUGUUGUCUUUUUGGCUUUGUGUUUACUCCCGAGUGAGCUUUGGACGCUCUCGACGGCAGCAUUGAAUUUAACCUGGCGGCCAUCUCUUGGCGUGCUCACACUGACCGUACAGGUAUUUGUUGCUUUUUUCUCAACACGGGUUCAAAGAAAGGCAGAGAAGCAGAUAAUGUCCUCUGUUUCCAAAAGUUGAUUUCUUAUAUGCAGAAUGGAUCAAACUUGAAGUCAAGGGACCUCUGUCCUGUUAUAUGCUGUGUACUGUACUCAAAUGCAAAAUAAAAAAGCUACAUUGUUCUAUUUA